UCUACAGUCUCAGUCCAAAAGAGAAGAACAGGGAAGAGACAAGGAUGGAAAAAGUUCUUCUGAUCAUCAUCGCUCUUUCAGGGCUGAGCGCUGUCUCCUCACAUGCUGAACGUCAGUACCAUUUUGUUUAUGAAGCAAAGAACAUGUCUGAAGCACAGAGAUACUGCAGAGAGAAACACACAGACCUGGCCACUGUAGACAGCAUGGAGGUUGUGGAGCUCCUGAACAACAUGGCAGGCCAAUACAACCAAUCAGCCUGGAUAGGGCUGCACGAUGACUGGGACACCUGGAGGUGGUCGAUGUCAGACCCAAGCUUCUACGGACCGGGGGAGACGGAGUUCAGACAAUGGGGGCCUGGAGAACCAAGCAACGGCCACGAUGAACAAUGCACACAUUUUCAUCGUAGUGGAAUAUGGGGUGAUCAUGAUUGUAAUAACCCCCUCUAUGUGGUCUGCUUUGAUGUCACAGGGCCGAAUGCAACAUUUGUCCUCAUUGAAAGAGGAAUGACAUGGACUGAGGCCCAGAGCUACUGCAGAGAACACCACACAGACCUGGCCAGUGUGAGAAACCUGGCGGAUAGCCAGCGGAUUGAGAGUUCAGCUGGAGGGGUUUAUUGGAUCGGCCUUUACAGAGACUCCUGGAAGUGGUCCGAUGGAAGUUUCUCCUCCUUCGAGUACUGGGCAGAAAAUGAACCUAACUACAUAGGUCUCAAAGUUUGUGUGGCUGCAGCUUUCAACAACUUUGGAAAAUGGGAGGACUUGGACUGUGGAGUGGAUAAACCAUUCAUUUGCUACGGACCUGUGCCUGUUAAGCCUGAUAUGACUCCUGAGCCUGCUGUGUCUACUGUGCCUGUUGUGCCUGUUUCAAUGAAAGUGAUAAAGGUGAGCGUGGAGAACCCAAACGGUGUGGAUCUGAACGACCCCGCUUUUCUGGAUGCGAUGUUGGUGGAGGCGAAAAAGAACCUAAGGGCCCAGGGAUUGGACGACAACGUCCAACUGGCCUGGAGGAAGCAGCCGGAUGGACAAGUCUUCCACGAGGAGGAGGAGAAGAAGAGGGAUGAGCUCUAAAGCUGAAUUGCUGUGUCGGCUUUUAUCAGAGAAAAGUGUGUUUCUUUCCUCAAAGCCCUCGUGUUACAGAAUUCAGCUGCAACAAUGAUCUGAAUAAUCAAUUAGUUACGAUCAUUUUUGAUAGAAGAUAGAGAAUGUAAUGCUUUUCCUUGUUAUAUAUGGUUAUGAAUUUAAUAUGUUUAGGGUUUUUACUAUUGAAUGUAUUUGCUUGGCCGGUGGGAGAUAAUAAUAAAAUGUU